CGCACAAAAUUCCGACGGCGGCGGCCAUGACGACUGCAGCCAACGCCAGCGGAGGCCAGCCGAAGACCGAAUCGAAACUGAAACCUGCCUCUGUGGGAGGUACGGGCAGCAAAAAACUCGAUGCAAAAUCCGAAAGUAAAACUAGUUUGUUGCUGCAUCAGCAGCAAUUGCACCAGCCACAGUCACAAUUGCAACCUCCGAAAACGAUGGCCGCUCCACCGUCAGUCAAUACUGGGAUUCCGAAACCGAUGGCCGCUGUGAAGGGAACGAGCAAACCGUCGCAACCACAGCUAGUCCUUCAGGAGCACAAAUCAAAGGAUGAACUUUCGAAGUUGGAUCGCGCUCUGGCUGGUUUCGGAAGCCAUCAGAACGGCCUGAUCUCGCCUCAGCAUUUGCCUAAUAACAUAUCAAACAACAAUAGUGAUCGGUUGAAUGUGGUGAAUACAAUCAGUGUCGGUGGUAACAACAACAUCAUGGGCAGUCCUUUGAAACUUCCCUCCCAGCAGCAAAUCCCCAGCUGCAUGAGUGACAGCAUGCACUCAAAUUCGACACAGGGCGCAUCCAUUGGUCAACACUCCAACUCCAGCGAGUCCAGCAGUGUCGUUUAUCGCCCCAGUGGAUCGGAAAGUGGCUCCGAGCUUAUCUCGAAUCUCAGCUCCCCUCACAAGUCUUCGCCCUCGUUCCUAUUCAACGAUGUCAAUUUGAACAACAAUAACAACAACAAGUUCAACACCGUGCCAUCAAAGAUCCUAAACACUGCCCAGCACCAGAAUGGGACCAUCUACGAGCAGGAGGAGAAGCAAAUCACCGUGGUUCCAAUGAGACCCCUGCUCCAUGGGUACAACAGUCACGUCACCCUGCCGACUCGGGGUGCCCGCGGCCAUCACUACAUAUCGGAGUACUGCGAGGACCUGGGCGGCCAGGGCUAUUGCAGCGAUGGGGACGCCCUGCGAAAAAUCCCCGCACGCUACUCGGACUCGAUGGAGAACGGGUACCUGUCGGAGGGCGGUGGCGGUGGAAGCAGCAUGAUGACACGCCAGCAGUACAUCAGCUCCUUGCGGAAUCGAACGCCGCUGCCCACGACGAUCGAGGAACGAUGUCGUAGCAGUCGCGGCGAUAACCUAGAUAGCAUUGGAGCUAGUGCAGCUGGUGCGAUCAUGGAUGCGGUGAAUGGAAAAAUUUCACGGCAACAAAACGGCACUGCACCGGGACCAGGUGGCCGGGAAUAUUGGGGCCGAAUGCCAGAGCCUCCAACUAAUGGUCACGCUCAAUCUCAGCCGCCGUCCAGCAAUCACAGCCAGCAGGGAUCACAGCCAACAAGUCCUACCUCGAGCCGAAAGGAUCGAAGUUCUCCGGGCCAUUCGCGGAAAAGCAGUUCAUCGUCGAAAAUCGCCAGCAGCCGAUCGAAGGGAGUUCCCCAAGGUUUCGGGUACGUUAAGAAAACCAAUGGCGUCGUGGACCAGCAGGGACAAUCGUUACUAACGGGCGGACGAACGGCACACGUGUCAGCGGUGCCAAGGUCUGGAAAACUGAAGGUUUCCGGCGGUACGCAGACCACCACAGCUGAUUUCCAAGCAACACAACAACAUCCUCAGUAUCGUAGUUUUUCGUUGACCGGACCGGGAGCGGCGCAACUGAGUCAAUCAGUCAAAGAAAGGUUUGGUUCAGGAACGCAUAGUUUGCCUAAGCCCGGUUUAGAUAUGCAUGUCUUCCAACAUAGAAUGUCCACCCGUGGGUCCACUAAGCUAAACGACGGUAGCCUUAGCGAUACGCAAACCUACGCCGAAGUGAAGCCCGAUUACAGCAGCUACGCGAUGUGGCUGCGCCAUUCCAACACUGCUUCCAGUCGGCUGUCGGAGGGAGAAUCUCUCGAGAGCUUCUCGAUCGGAUCCGGAGGCGGGGCUAGUAGCGGUGGGGGCGGGAGCAGUGCUGGCGGUGGAGCAUCCGGCGGCUCUGGAAUUCCCGGAGCGACUCGACCAAGCAAGCUGUUGCACCAUGCUCGGGGCGAAACGCAGCCGCCCAUGCAUCACGCAGCCACCACGCACAGCCCUCGGUUGAACAGAAGCAAUAGCAUCAGUUAUUUGAAAGAACGGACCUACCCCAGAUCAACCAAGUCGGAGAAGAUGUACCCAUCGAUGCUGAGCCGGGGACCAGAUGUGGAAAUAGAGCCGUACUACUGCCUACCGGUGGGUGCCGUCCCCGGUGGUGCCAAUGGGAUGGUCCCCUGGAGUCAACCGACCUCGCCGACACCGCCGGCACGUGGCUUCGGGGGACUCCUAUCGCCGACGCACCCCAACGCCACCCACCGGCUCACCUAUCCGAAAAAGAACGACGAAGUGCACGGAAGUCAAGCGUCGCUCCUGUCCGGUGGCUCGUCGCUGUACGGUUCGACGGAGGAGCGGCAAGCAACCGAGGUGCGACGCCUGAAGCGAGAACUCAUCGACGCGCGGGACCAGGUGAUGAGUCUCUCCAGCCAGCUGUCAACUAACGCGCACGUCGUGGCGGCUUUCGAACAAAGUUUGGCCAACAUGACCCAGCGGUUGCAGUCGUUGACAGCUACGACGGAAAAGAAGGAUAGCGAAAUAUUAGACAUGCGACAGACAAUUGAACUGCUGCGGAAGCAGUCGAUCCAGGCUGGCUUAACUACCGCCCAUAUGCAGAGUAUGGGCGUACAAGUUAACGGACAGGUCAAUGGAAAUGGAAAUGCAGAUCAGACGACAGCGACACCACUGCCAUCCGGUGCGGAAAUACAAAGGCACCAUAGUUCCGACUCUAUGUGCUCUUUGAAUUCGGUCAGCUCUGGCUGUUCGGCUCAGGAUAAGAAGAAGAAGAAAGGAUGGUUACGAAGCUCCUUCACCAAAGCAUUCUCUCGAAACGCAAAAAUCUCGAAAACCAACCGCCACGUAAGUCAGUCUUCGAAUCUGGACCAAGGUUCACCGGCAGCGUCCGGCAACCAUCAUCAUCAUCAUCACCACCAUCACCAUCAUCACGGUACCAAUGGAAACAAUAAUCACCAGCAGCAGCCUUUGACGACAACGGGACCAAGCGAUAGGCCACCCGGAAUAGGACCAUCACCAAACGCACAACUGCCACCGCCAUCGCCCACCAAGAACGGUAGCCCGCACAAAACUGUUACGCUGGUUGAAAAUGCAAAACCAAUCGACUCCGUUGAACAAAACGGCAAUCCAAUGGUGGAAGACCUCAAGAAGCAACUUCGCGAAAAGGACCUCGUCCUAACCGACAUACGGCUAGAAGCUCUCAACUCCGCCUCCCAGCUGGAAUGCCUCAAGGACACCGUCAUGAAGAUGCGUCACGAGAUGAUGAAUCUCAAACAGAACAAUGAAAGACUGCAACGGUUGGUAACCACCAGAUCCCUGGCCGGAAGCGAGGUCUCACUCGGUCCGGUCAGUCCCAGUGGCUCCAUUGGUGAACCACGGCGGUAUAGUUUGGCCGCCGAUAACGGGAUGUCUCGACCACCACUCGAACUGCCACAAAAUCUAGACGAAUCGGAAGAGGACAAUAUCCCGCCAGCUCCGGCGCCAGAACCGCCACCAGCUCCCCUCAGUCCAGCCAUAAUCGCAGAGCUUUCUCCAACAAUCGAAAGGGCAGCAAUGGUGACUGAAAUCUUAACCACCCCUGCCGAAGACGUCGCCGAUCCAGUAGACGGUAAAAAGAUUGCCAUCGCGGUUUAUCUUGGACAACCAGAAUCCUUCGCCAAGUACGCGGAAGAAAUGAACGAAUGUGAUAACUACUACCAUUCGUCCCAAAUCGGAGACGAUAUCGACGACAAGUCAGCAACUGAGAACGGUGACAAGAGUCGGAAAUCGUUCUCAGGUGCCCCGGAAAGCAACAAUCCUAGUCCAAAUGAGUACAUCAUUGCUUUCACGUACAUUUCCGGAAAAACCACCUGGCAGAAUCUGGAUUACAUCGUAAGGAAAACGUUCAAAGAUUAUCUGGGAAAGAUCGAUUCUGGAACCAAUCUCGGGCUCAAUACGGAUUCGAUUACUUCCUAUCAUCUGGGUGAAGCGAAACGUGGCCCGGAGAUGGGAUUCCCCGAGUUACUACCCUGCGGGUACAUCAUCGGAAACGUCAAAACGUUGUACAUUUGCCUCCAGGGCGUGGGAAGCUUAGCGUUCGAUAGUUUAAUCCUUCGAAACAUCGUACAUAGGUACAUUUCACUGUUGACCGAACACCGACGAUUGAUAUUGUGUGGCCCUCGUGGAACCGGCAAAUCCUAUCUGGCGAGAAAGUUGGCCGAGUUCCUAGUAGCGCGAUCUGGUCGGGACAACCCGGCCGAAGCGAUCGCCACCUUCAACGUUGACCACAAAUCCUCCAAGGAGCUGCAGCAGUACUUGGGCCACAUCGCCGAGCAGGCGUCAAUGUCCGAGGGUGCCGUGGAGGAACUGCCAGCUGUGAUAAUUCUCGACAACCUGCACCACGCGUCCGCGCUCGGGGAUGUGUUCUCCUGCUUACUAAGUGCCACCGCUGCCAAGCUGCCUUGCAUCAUUGGGACGAUGUCGCAGGCGACCUGCAACACCACCAACCUGCAGCUGCACCACAACUUCCGAUGGGUCUUAACCGCCAACCACAUGGAACCGGUCAAAGGCUUCCUCGGACGAUACCUGCGGCGGAAACUGUUCAACAUGGAACUCCACUCGCAAACACUGCAGCCUCAGCUGGAAAAGGUCCUCAAGUGGCUGCCAUCGGUGUGGCAGCACAUAAACAGCUUCCUGGAGACGCAUAACUCCAGCGAUGUCACCAUCGGACCCCAGCUGUUUCUGUCCUGUCCGAUGAACUUGCAGGAUUCGCAGAGUUGGUUCACAGACGUGUGGAACUACAACCUGGCGCCGUAUCUGAUGGAUGCCGUUCGGGAGGGGGUGCAACUGUACGGUCGGCGGGGCGGAACUUGGGUCGAUCCCUGCACCUUUGUCCGGGAAACGUAUCCCUGGCCCGUCGGACCCACAACGGUUCCCCAGUUGAGGCAAAUCACCGCCGACGAUGUGGGUUUGGAAGCCAGCGCACCGGCCAAUUCCGAAAACCAAGAUCCACUGCUGAACAUGCUGAUGCGACUGCAGGAAGCGGCCAACUACAACGGCAAUCAGGAGCCGGACUCCGAUUGUGCCAGUUUGGAUUCGAACAUGACUCACGACAGCUCGGCUGGGGCCGAUUAAAUGGGGAUUCUAAGCGGGGUGGUGUGCUUGGGAAACUGUGGACAAUAAGGUUCUGAAACACCGUAGUCAACAAUUAUUACGUGUCAAAGCUGGUCAAGAUUUGAGCAUGGCAUAUUUUAUUGGAAUUGGUUGAAUCGUUGAGUCGAGCGAUCAAAGGAAAAUGCUAAACUUUGUAGGGUUUGGGGGAGGUUUCACAUAUAUCUUCCAUUUACUGAUAUUUUUCGGUGAUUGCAAAACACACACAGAUUGGAACGAAAUCAAAGUCAUGAAGAAACAGAAGUGUGUGUUUUGUUAUCUCCGCAAAAUAUUAGCAUAUUGGGUACAUGAGGGCACAUGGAAAAUAUUAAAGUUUUACAUCAUGAGCAUGGGGGUGUGUAGAACGUCGAAACGAAGAGAGAGCAUGAACCGUGCUGGCGAAUAAUUAAUUGAAAUGUAAGGAAGUGGACACCAAAAAAAAAUAAAAAUAAAACAUAAUAAUUAAACUCAUUGUGUGAUUCUGCCGCCAUAGAGAUACAGCCAGAUGACGAGUGGCGCGGAGGUCAAAAGUAAUUGAACAUAAAUUCGAUGAGAGCCGUGGCGUUGACUAGCGUCCGAUAUUGCGUUGUGUUGUACUGUCAAUGUGGGCUUUAAUUGAAAUCAAUGAGUUUUGAACUCAAUAAAAUUAAUUUUUGCAUUUUCAUGUCGUAAUUGGUGUGCAAAUUUUCGGAAUUGAUUGCCCAUGUUUGAUUAAUUUCGAGCACGUUUGUGACACUUGUUUACAAUGGUUGACUACAUACAAAGUAGUACAUCUCAAGUGCUGGGAAGCGACCAUAUGUAUGGUAAUACAAUACAUUUUUGAAAUACUUUUCUCGAAAAAUUAUUGUUUUUUGGACAAAUAUUAUCUUAAAAGUGUUUCACAGGAAGCAUCCGGAUCUCCGGUAACAGCUUUAGCUACUAUUUUGUACUUUUUUAUUCAUUUUCUCAAGGCGUUCUUCAAAAAGUUUUCAAGACGUUCACGGCAAACAGUCUUUGACUGUUUCGUGAAUUCAAUCCACUCUACAAACAUGGAAAAUAAUUUCAUAAAUUGGUUAUAAUUAUAUUCUUGCUGCCAAAUAGUAUUUUUGUUAAUAGUCAUAAUGAUCGCUAUUAAUCGUAAGAAAGUGUAUGAACUUUUUGAAGAGUCGAGAAUUGAGCAGCUUUCUUUUGAAAUUCGAAAACUCUUCGUUUUUAACAGUUUUCAGACAUCUAAAGUACCAAAAAUAGAUACUAGUACGGAAACCAGAAACAAUAAUUAACGUUUAGAACUGUGACGCACCAACAAACGUAGAAUCCAAUCCCCGUUUCCAAUAUUAUUGUAGGAUGCCCCAAAUCGACUGACUGUUAAACACGUGGAAAAUGUAAAAAAUGCUUAAAAUCACUUGUUAGACUGUAAAUAUACACAAAACUAAAACGCGAAAGGAUUCACAUCAAAAGUCUUCACACACUGAGAGAGUUCUAUGUUUAGAUAGAUAACGAAAUAAAUGAUAUUUAAGGGGUUGAACCAUACUCACCAUGUUAGGCAAUGUAAAACACACAUACAGACUCUGACACUAAUAAUACACUCAUAAGUACGCGUAUCUCAGUGUAGAAUUUUGUACCGCAUUGUAGAAUUGCUUCAAAAGCUUUAAUAUUGGAAUCGUAUAACUAACGCCAAUUUUUGGAUAUUCUCAAACUCACACAGCCAUUCACUAAUAAAAUAACUUAUUCUAUAUACAAGAAUAAAUCGUAAGACAAAGUUGAAACAUUUCCAUCGUAACUUCUGCAGAAUAGACAAAGCAUUAACCUCUAUGUGUUGAAAAAAAAAUGUACGUAUCGAAGUUGUCACUAAGGUUGCAUGAAAUUUUUCCAAGAAACAUCUCCACAGCAUCAAACUACUUUUCCAUUUUAGCUAGUUACAAAUUCUUCAUAGAAUCAGUUCACCAUCUAAUCAUCGGAGAAUGAAGCUCAAUUGCCUUGUGCUUGAUAGUGGUGGCGUGUGAUUUGGCGAAGGAAUCUUAGGGAAGACACGCGCUUUUGCAUGUCGACGCGCCGACUUUUAUUGAUCUUAAUUGUCAACGAUUGAACAGUCAGCACUGACAAAACAAAUUAAAGAAGGGCAACAAAUCAAUGUACGAGCAGUAGAUUAGGAUCGGUUGGAGAGCUCGGGGUGGAAUCUAAUGCAAAAUAUGCCAAUUUAUUAUUACGAUCUAAAUAAAAUAUAACCGAUUACUCUACUGAUCGCUAACACGAAAGAUGCAGAAGUUUGUAUUGGAUGACGAAUAAUCGGGUCCAGAUUUUGGAAGGAAAAAGGUAUCAUAAUGUGGAGAUAAAGUUUCUCGCUAUUGAUGAAAAACAACAACAAACAACUAUUGAAAAAAAAAACAAAUCUUUAUUGCUAUAUAUUAUAUUAUACAAAAAACAGAACGUCAAAACGAUACAAAUAUUACUAAGGGGUGUCUAGAGAGACUCCUCGUUUAUUGGGCACCGGAGCUUCAAUAAACAACCAACCAAUGGAACGUGAUUUAAAUUAUUUAAA